AUGGCUGAAAUCCUAGUAAUCACUUGCCCAGGAGGCAGACAAUCCUCUCAUCUCAUCCCUCUCCUAUACAACAAAUCCAGAUUCACGCUCCGUCUAGCAGCCCACACCCCCGAAUCCGCCUCUCGCCUACAAGCCACCUACCCAGAAGCCGAAGUACAAACAUGCGACACAUCCUCCCUCACCGAAUGCCGCAAGCUUCUCAGCAAUGCAACAUCAGUCUACCAUGUGGGGCCCUCGCUCCACUCCCGUGAAAUGGAGAUCGGGAUCAACAUGAUCGACGCAGCCGUUGCCGAGAGCCAAAAGCCAGAUACGAAAUUCAAGCACUUCGUCUUUUCUAGCGUGCUUGGCACCCAGCUUCGAAACCUCAUGCAACACGACCACAAGAGCCGCGUUGAAGAAAGACUGCUACUAAGUCCUCUCAACUUCACGAUUCUCCAACCAACCAAUUUCAUGGAUGUGUAUCCGGCCGCUGCACUCGCCCAAAUGGAGAACCCAUCUAUCGAGUAUGUUUGGAACAUCUAUAAUCCAAAUAUCGCCAAUAGUUUAGUUGCGCUCAGAGAUCUGGCUGAAGCCGCGGCGCGGGUUUUGGACGAGCGGGAACCACACUAUUUCGCUCAAUAUCCGCUGUGCUCGACGCUCCCGGUAUCUGAUGCGGAUUUUAUUAAAAUUAUUGGAAAUCACAUCGGUAAGGAGAUAGAGAUUCCAACUCCUACUUUUGAAGAGGGUGUUAGUAAGGUUCUCAAGCUUUUAUAUGCCGGGGAGAGCGGGGUGUAUAGUGGGGACCAUGUGAAUUCGGAUUUGAGGUGGCCUGCCUCGCAGGGGGACUUACGUCCUGAUAUUACAAGGGAUGAGGCUGAGAGAUUGAUUUUGUUUUAUAAUCGACGUGGAUUAAAAGGAAAUCCGAGUGUUUUGAGGUGGUUGAUUGGGAGGGAGCCUACAACUGUUGAUGAGUGGGUGAAGGUUCAGUUGAGAAGCUAG